AUGGUGCAAUCACAAUUUUCUCUAUCCUGGGACUCUUAUAAAGCAAAUAUCUGCAAUGGAUUUAGUUCUUUACAACAGAAUGGUGAAUUUGUUGAUAUGACUAUAGCAGCAGAUGGCCAUUUCGUAAAAGUUCAUCAGAUGUUGGUAGCAUUAGCUAGUCCUUACCUCAAGGAUCUUAUUACUUCGGCUGCAUGUCAACAUCCUAUUAUAUUCUUAAAUAAUGUAUCACACCGAGUUUUAUGUUUACUACUAGAAUAUAUUUACACUGGAGAAGCUGUUGUGCCUGCAGAAUAUCUCACGUCAUUUGCAGAAACAGCAAAGUCACUUCACAUAAGAGGUCUUGAGAACAUUGGAUCUGCCAGUACUUUGCCUGUUAAAAUGACGGGAGCCAUCCGUCAUUUCGAUGAUGGGGAUAUUUGUCCAGUUAGUGGGACUAAACAGAUUAUAGUCUCUGCCGCAGAAAAGCUAGAUGAAGUAAGCCUACCAGUAAAUGCAAGAAAGAUUUUCAUAAAACGUGGUUCUUCCGCGACAAAAAAUGAACCAUCAUCAAAGACAUCAACACCAAAAGACAAUAUGCAUGACUACCCGGAUUUAAUAGACGAUUAUGCCAUACAGGAUUCUGACGAUGGAUUUAAAAUGGAAGAUAAUAAAGACACGCGUAGUCAAGAUAAACCAUCCACCAAACUGCAAUUCACUGUUUCAAUCCGAGGCUCGUUACAAGUAAUUUUAAACAGAUACAUUUAUAACCUUCAUUCGACAACGCAGUCUGGUCUUCGACGCUGGCGGUGUGUGGAUUAUAGAAAUAAUAAAUGUUCAGCUUAUGUCACAACUAAAGGCAAUGUUGUUCUCAAUAGGGCAAACCUCCACAAUCACUCUUUCCAUGAUAAAAAGAUAUUGUCCAAGAUAGAAAAGAAAGCUAUAUACUCCGCAAUAGAAGAGGUUGAAUGUUAUAAAGAGAAAGAGAACAGUGAAGCGAACGAGAACAGGUCUAAUGAAGAUGUCGAGAUGGCAGUGGAAACUGAAGGGUUCAUAUCGCUUGAAGAACUUGGUGAACAUGAUCCCAAAAGUGAGUUUUUUGUUGUGGAUUUAAGACAGAAGCUUAAAAUGUUGAAGUCAUUAAUAUUCAUAUUUAUUGUAUUACAACUACAUAACAAUAUUGCCGGACCAUUGCGAAACAAGUACCAUUGUUACUCGGCACUACAUUCAGUUGACAUUUUUCGAGAGUACAUAAAGAUUGAUACGAGUCAAGAAGGAAAUUUAAAAUAUGCAAUUCUUUUUUGGAUUCGUCAAAUGUCAGAUUUGGGCAUACCGUACACGGUCUAUGAACCAGCUGGCAAGCCUAUUUUCGUCGCCACGGUAGAAGGCUCCGAUCCUUCUCUGCCUAGUAUUAUGCUUAACUCGCAUAUGGACGUUGUUAAGGUUGACCCGACAGAAUGGAAAUAUCCGCCAUUUGAUGCACACAUGGACGAAAACGGUGACAUUUAUGGCCGUGGCACACAGGACACCAAAGACGUUGCUAUUCAAUACCUGGAAGCAAUUAGAAAUCUAAGAAAAGAUAAUAUCACUUUGGCAAGGACUAUAUACUUCACGUUGAUGCCAGAUGAAGAAUCAGGAGGAACAUGCGGAAUGAAGGCUUUUGUAAAGACCCAAGCUUUUAAAUCGUUCAAUAUUGGCUUUGCUCUUGAUGAGGGAUUAACCAGCACAGAAGACUUUCUUUAUGCGACUUUUGUGGAUAGGAGACCUUGGCAAAUGCAGUUCGUCAUCAAAGGAGAGGGUGGUCAUGGGUUCACAAUGCCAGAUAACUCUACCAUGUCCAAGACCCAAAAAUUCAUAAACGCCGUAAUAGCCUACAGAGACACGCAAAAGCAGAUCAUGAAAACAAAAAGUAAGGACGAUUUUGCUGGGUAUACCAGUUUGAAUAUAAAUAUGAUAAAUAGUGGACUAGGCAUGAAUAUUAUACCUACAAAACUAAUGCUCAACGUUGAUAUGAGACUAUCUACGGACGCUGAUGUUACGGAGAUGGAAGCUAUUGUGAAUUCUUGGAUAUUAGCGGCCGGUAACACAAUUGAUCUUACAUAUCUACGUAAAGAAACCGAGUCGGCUAUAACUUCUGUUGACGACACAAACCCCUACUGGAUCUCCAUGCGAAACUCUUUGACUGGAAUGGGUAUAAAGUUGAAUCCAGUUGUUUGCCCAGCUACAUCUGACAUGCUGGUGGUUCGUAAUCUGGGCAUACCUGCUAUUGGCUUCUCACCCAGGCGGAGGACGAUACCCAGGUUGCAUGGCAAAGAUGAAUACCAAAACGUACUAACAUUCCUUAAAGGAAUAGAGAUAUAUACAGAACUGAUAAAAAAUUUAGCAAACCUACCUGAACCAAAGUGUUUACAUUUAAAAAAAUAA